CACGCGGGGAUCUUCCUUCCCUCCUUGCUGGCUCCUCCUGCUCCACGCCUGCCACUUCUCAAGAGUGCCGCCGCGACCGAGCAGCAGACGCCUGGGGCUGAGGGCAAAAAGCCCUACUGGGCAGCCACGUCAAAGCCACAAGCCCUGCCAAGAGCAGCGGGCCCGCAGCUCGAGCUGUCUGCGAGUCGGUCCAGGCAGCUCCCCUACAGCUGGCAUCUCCCCGGGUGCCCCAGAGGCAGCGAGCGGCUCAGGCUCGGGGAGGCGGGCAGCUGCUGCAGGCAGAGGAGGGGCUUGCCUGACCGACCACUUGCUAUAAAACGCUCGCUCAGCCCCUGACACACUCCACACGGAGCAGCCUGCUUCUUCUUCGGAGAGACACGCAGCCGUCGCAUGGCACGCACAUGUGUGCAGCUGGGAGGAAACACCAGCUGCAUGUCCUGAGGCCACAGCACUUAGCCCCUGCAGCGCAAACACAGCCAACCAGGACAAGAGGACCAGCCCUGGACACGGACCAGGAGUGCCGCGAACCCAGCACGGGAAACGCUCCUGCUGGGAAAGGCACACGGAGGAGGAGGAGACAACCACAGGGAUUGAGCCCUUCACGGGAGGAGAGACCACGAGGAGCCAGCUGACCCUCCGCUCCUUGAGUCUUCCGAGGAGGAUGGAGGCGCAGAGCUGAGGGUCUUGACGCGCAACGGUCCCACCUGCCCGCCCCCAGCCAUGUCCUUUGCCAUGCUGCGCUCGCCCCCCAGCCGAUACCUGUACCCUGAGAUCAGCAUGUUGUCGGAGGAUGAAGAGAACGGCAGCGAAAGUUCUGGCUCUGACGAGAAGCCCUACCACCUGGACGCCGGCGGCUACGGCCUCAAAAGCGGCAAGCGCAGGAGCAGCAAGAAGGCCGACCGGAUCAACAGGGAGCCCCGCCAGCGCCACACGGCCAACGCACGGGAGAGGGACCGGACCAACAGCGUCAACACGGCCUUCACCGCCCUGAGGACUCUCAUCCCCACUGAGCCGGCGGACCGGAAACUCUCCAAAAUCGAGACUCUCCGCCUGGCUUCCAGCUACAUCUCACACCUGGGCAACGUACUCCUGGUGGGGGAAGGGUGCGGAGACGGGCAACCGUGCCACACCACGCCAGCCUUCUUCCACCACAGCAGCGCCAGCGGCGGCAGCCCUCCCACGCGGGAAAGCGAGAACUCGCAACCCAAGCAGAUCUGCACUUUCUGCCUUAGCAACCAGAGGAAGAUGACCAAAGACCGAGACAGGAAGACAGCAAUUCGGAGUUAGACGACAGACGGACGAUGGGCUCAGGAUGGAGGAGGAGCAGGAGCAGGAGGAGACAAGC